UCACAUCGGAAGCUGUGAAUCGGAUGCCAACUUCAGCGUCGUUUGUGUUCUUCCUUCCAGGAACGACCACAGGCAGCACUUUUCCGUGGGGUACAGCGACCUAAACGGAGAAAAGACAAACGGCGAAGACAUUUGGAUCUUCAAACUAGAUGAUCACUGAAUCCGUCCUGGUUCAACUUAAAGGUAUGCAAGGGACUGGGCCCCAACAAAAACACCCUGAAAAAAACAUUUCAACUUACUAUAUCGUGCUGCUGUGAUGAACCCAUAAACCCAAAAGCAUGUUUGUUUGUUUUUUCUUUAACUGGAGAACUAUUUUCAGAUUUGACUGAGUAUCUUUCUUAUGGAGUUUGAGGAACAUUCUUUAAUUUUACACUCAAAUUUUGAAUAUUUCAAUCGGUCAUCAGCCUGUCAUUUCAUUUUUAUGAAUCCCUAUUUUCUUCUGCAACAGCCGCACAAUUUCAAGAGAAGAGGACAUUUUGAACAAGCAUUUCAUUUCAUUUUUACAAAACCCAAUCGUCUUGUCUGAACUCAAUAAGAGGUUGAACAAUCAAUUUACUUUUGGGUUGGGAAGACGAUUACUCAAAGUGUCGUGUUUGUAUUUUUUUUCCUAGCAAUUGCAACACAUAAAAUUUGACCACUGUAAACCACUUACAUAAAAAAGUUGUACUGCAAAAGUUUCUCUCAAAAUUAUAGCGGAAGCUUAAUGUCAUGGAGGAAUUUUUUUUUUUUUUUUGUUAAAUGUCAUAAUUCAAAUACACCAGCAGUACUUGUAGUUAACGUAUGCCUCGUUUCCACUGUGUGUUAUAGCAUGGGUUGGUGCAUGGACUCUUGUCCUCCAGACAAUGGUGUGUUGUGUGAGGCCUGCAGCUCUACCUUACCAUACCAUCAUCCUAUGAACCUAGAAAUGAAGGGGGCCAGGAAUGGUAUGGUUCUGGUUGGUUGUAAGGUCCAGUUUUAUAAUGGAAAUGGACAACGUACCACACCAACCCGCAUUAUACCGCUCAGUGGAAACGGGUCAUUAAUAGACAACCAAUUCUUUUUGCAUUUUCAUAACAAGCUAAUUUACUUAUUUGAAAGUAAAUGCUCAAGAUCAGAUUAAUGAAAAACUCUAUUCAGUUUUGUAUUUGAUAAAAUAAUGUGAGCAUUUAAUAAUUUUGGUUUGACCUUAAUUGGUCUGCCAAUCAAAGCAGGUUAAAUUAUUAGAAUUUUGAUGAAAGUCUAAUGGUGGUGCUUUAAUAUUUUUGGCAUUCAUGACCCGUUAAAGAUUUGCUUUAAUCUGCUGUCCCACAAUUGCGUUUAUUUUUUUUUGUCCGUGUUCAGAAAAAGCAAAGUUCUCUAAUGUUUCUGGAGAGCUUUUGCGUAUUUCUUUUAGGCAGAUUCUUUUUGAAGUCGGUCUCUUCAGCGAUUUAAUUGAAGACUUGCGUUGUUCGACCCGCAUUUGUCGUUCACUAGUUUUCACCACCAGCUUGUCGGCCACGUUUCAAUGCAAGUGCUGUUUCAUUUUAGUUGGCGCAAAAGAAACAAAAUGCAAAAAAAAAAAAAAAAAAAAUUUAUUUGAAAACUGCCAUGAACUUACUGCAUAAAUGUUCAUUUAAAAAUUCUUCUAAACUUUGAAACUAUCCGCAUUUCAGUUUGCUUUGUUGUGAAUUUGAUCUUCAAUUUUUCAUCCACAAAACCCAUUUUGUUAUGGAACUUGAUCUCUCUUCUUACUCACUGACAUGUUUCAGGAUUGACGACAGUUUAAAGACAAUUGUUUGCAAUCAAACCGAACCUGUUCGAGCUUUUGAGGCGCACGAAGACAGAAAAGGAUAAACCUCAAGAUCUAGGCAUGUCUCGCAGAAGAAGCCGCAGCCCAUCACCAGGGCGAUAUUCACGCACCUGCAGCAGUAACGAUCCAAGGGAUUUGGAGAGAAGGAUUUUUGUUGGGAAUUUGCCAACUUCUGACAUGACAAACAAGGAUUUGGAAGACCUUUUCUCUCCAUACGGGAAGAUAGUCGGCGUGUCCUUGUUUCGAGGUUAUGGAUUUGUUCAAUUUGAGCGCCUUGAGGAGGCUGAAGCUGCAAGAGCAGCUCAAAAGGGCCGAAUAUAUAAAGGGUACAAACUAGAUGUAAAUAUGGCAGUGGAGCGACGGCAAGCUAAACCUCUAUCCCAGCAGAGCCCUCCUCGAAGGCCCAUCUAUGGAAAGGAGGGCCGGCCUCGCUCGCGUUCACCUAUUUAUGGCCGUGACGCAAGAGAACCUCGGGAGAGCCGUGAGGGAAGAGACUCUGCUAGGGAACCCCGGCCAGGUAGCCACUCUCGUGACCCUGAUUUCCGGUACCGCUCGGGGAGCAGAGACAAGGAGGCCAGGGGCGAACCUCGGGACCCUGCUUACAGCAGAGAAGAUUAUGACCGAUACUACCGCAGCGGCAGUGGGAUAGAGGACUAUUACAGGAGAAAGGAUGAACCCUACAGAGACCCGUACUUGGAUCCCUGGAAUGGACGUCGUGAGCCUGGAGUAGAAGAUCGCGCUCGACCAGAAGAGCGCCGUCGGAAUGAACUGUAUCGACAGUACUACGAAGAACUCCAGCGGCGCUACGACGCAGACCGCCCUGUUGACUGCUCUGUGAUUGUUGUAAACAAGGCGCAGAAUAGGGAGUAUGCAGAGACAGUCGGGCGAAAGGUCCGUGACUUGGGAAUGGUUGUGGAUCUGAUCUUCCUGAACACGGAAGUUUCUCUCACCCAGGCUCUGGAGGACGUAGGCAGAGCCCGAACUCCCUUCGCCAUCAUCAUCACUCAGCAGCAUCAGGUGCACCGAUCUUGCACUGUCAACAUCCUGUUUGGUACACCUCAAGAACAUCGAAACAUGCCAAUGCAAGAUGCAAUGUUGCUGGUAGCCCACAACUAUGACACCUACAAAGUGGAAAACCGAGAAAAAGAACGGGAGGAAAUCGCGAGAAAGGCUGCCAAGAUGGCGGAUGAUGUGUUACUCCGGGAGCCUGACAGAGAGAGCCAUCCCAUUUCAGUGCUCACCAGCAUCACGCUGCUGGCGGAGAACAGGUUUUUAACCCCAGAGGAACUGGACAGCCUCAUUGCAUACAUGAAGGAUAAAAGAACUCGUCUUGUAAGAACCUCUGAAGAUCCUCUGGCAGCUCCUGCAGUGCAGCAUCGUGAUGUGGUACCAUCAGCUGCAGGACUCACUCCAUCUACACUCAGCAUCGCCCAGCCAAGUCACCUGUCGACCAGUUCCAGCGCCUCGGCAAACCCGAGUCACCAGCAGGAGCUGCAGGCUAAAAUCCUCAGUCUGUUUAAUAGCGGCUCCACCCCCUUAUCAGGAUCCACUGCCGUUUCCCAGGGCGCCCCUCAGUCACACUCCUACGGCUCACUCGGUCCCUCACCCUCCCAAAAUCCAUCCCGUUCACCAAUGCCAGGCAUGGCUUCAGGUGGAUCCCAGGGUUAUGGCAUGUCAAUGUCCCGCUUACCCCCUGCGUCUACCGCUCAGAGACCCCCCGCUGCCACUUCAGGUAUCAAUUUUGACAACCCAAGCGUCCAGAAAGCUCUGGACACACUCAUUCAGAGUGGGCCGUCUCUGAACAACCUGGUGGGCCCUGGGUCUGCUCCGCCGAUGCCCCAGAGGUCAGCUCCCAAUAUGGGGCAGGGUCCCCCCCCAAUGUCCAUGUAUCCUCGCCAUUAUUGAGACAAACGAGCGAUUAGAAGCCUUUACUGCAACUGUUUCUGUGAUAGGUUUGUGUUAGAAGACCCUGGAGAUGUUUUGUAAACGUUUUGAUUUUCUCCUCAAUUUUGUGCAGUUGAAAUUUGGAAGGUUUCCCUGAAUUACAUAAUGGUUUGUCUUUUCAGUUUGCCUGAAAUGUUUUACAGAAUCUUUUAACGUGUGUAACGAACAAUAGAGCUAUGAAGUAUGUUUUGCUUUGUGAUAGAAAUGGUUUGUUUUCAGCCCUGAGCUUGUUUUAUAGUUUUCCAUUGUGCUGGUCAAUCUGUAGUUUUGUUUUUAUUGUCAAAACAACACGAUUAAAAACUGCAAACACACAUUCUGUAGUAAAAUGAUAUUGGUUUAUUGCAUUUUGUGCUGACAAAUCUAUAAAAUGGAACAGGUAUCGCCAGAAGCUAGAGAGAUAAGCAUUUGAAAUAUGGAUAAAACAGCUUUUUCUUUUUUUAUUUUAAAUGUACCAUGAGUCACAAUAGAGAAUAAUACAUCUUUUUUUUUUUAGUUUAGAAUAUUUAACUUACACUGACACAGAAAUUAAACACCUCAACACUAACUAUCUGAUUUUAUUUACAUGUAGUCCCUUCCCACCCAUGCCCAUUGACCACUCCUGCCCCCAGCAGUUACAAGUGCACGUGUACACACAUACACACCCCCACAGAACUGAAAGGAACACACUACAGCGUUACCAUUAGACUGAGGAGGGUGUUGAGGAAAAUCAUGAACAAGUCAAAUUUUAUAUCUGUGAAACUAAACAGGUUUUGCGUGUAUGCCGAUUGAAAACAAAUUCACAUCCAUUUUUCGUUUUCCAAGCAUCCAUACAAAAUAUUGUCAAGUCUGGAUAGUGACAAGGUUCCUGUUGAGGAGAAUCAAAGAAACAAAUAAAAUCCUUAAAACUUUCAGAUACUAAAGGUCUGAAUGUUUUGGGAAAUGUGCAUGUCAUGGUAAUUGUAAUCAGUCUAAGGUAGGGCUGGCAUAGAUAAUGGAAGCAGUUUGGGCCGUCUUCAAAAACAUAGGCACAACCUAACUGCAAAGUGCCUGUACUGAAAGCUAAUGCUGCGUUCCAGCUUUACUCGUAACUCGGAAAUUUUGACUUCCCAGUCAGAAACAUCAACUGGAACUCUGGAUUUCCCACUGGGAAUCUGGGAACUACUCCAACUAUCCCUGGUUACAAAUUAUAAGGCGAACCUCGCAUCAACAGUACUAAGAUGGUUGAAACAGGUUAAGACAUGGAUUUAACAAUGUGUCUAAAAUCAGUGUCACAUGUGGUGCCUGCAACUCUAAACUGAAUAAAUUAAAAGUGAUGCUUGCUUAUGGGAAGUAAAUCUUGAAAUGAUGUUU